AUAACAUCCGGUUUCGGGAUUGCAUUAUUGCGAGAAAGUCGGCAACUGUUUUACGAGACGAAGGCGACGUUGUGUCGUCCGCCGAUAGGAAAGGAAAUUGGCACCAUACACGAAGAUUCUGCCCUUUGUUAUUGUUGAGGGAUCACCUAAAAGGAAGACGAUGCCUGUUCCGUUAGAUAAAAUGAAAGAAGUUUUACCAGAUGGUAACAAAACGCAAGCAUCUCUGCAUCCGAGUCGUAUCGAGAAAAUGGUGUUUGUCCAGUACGUGACCCCCCCUGAGAGUAUGGACGAUCGCGCGGAGUACGACGCGUGGAUGGAGCGAGUGGCGUAUCUGUGCGACGACCUGCACUGGCUUCUCCAGCAGCCACACGACAAGUUCUGGUGCCAGGCAGUGUUUGAUGACAGCCUUCACAAAGCUUUGGACUCAUUUCUGCGCUAUUGUCCCAGAUCACGAGACAUGCUGAUGAAUCUUCCGGAAGCAGCAAAGCAGCGUCAGGCAGAGCUCUGUCGACUUGUGUUCAUGGUUUAUCUACGCAUGUCGACGCACAAGGAGUCAAAGGAUCAUUUCAUCACUCCGGAGGUGUUUGGAGAAAUCCUGUAUGAGAACUUCCUGUUCGACAUCCCAAAAGUCCUUGACCUCUGCUCCCUGUACGGGAAGACAAACGGCUCGCUCCUCAACAAAAUGGUGGGGAACAUCUUCAUGCAACAGCCCAAGUACCUUAACGACCUGAGGGACACGGUGCCCACCAUUCUGCAGGUGUUCACCAACAUAGCAGCACGGUGCGGCGUGCAACUCGAGUCGUCCCUGAUGGCGCCCCAGAAGCUGGAGGACUCGGUGGCCUCGGGGAACAACCUGUCCUCUAUGUCCUCGUCCGACCUUGAGGACAUCGUCCACUACCUGAGCGACACGGCCGACACGCUACACCGAUUCCUCGACGUGCACCCACCCGCCUGUCAGAUCUUCCAGCAGUUCCUGUUCUGUCCCGUGAUCGCCAAUUUCUACGAAGCCGUGACGCCAGAGCUGACCUUGGCCAUCAAACAGCACGACUUCCCCUCGGCCAGGUCUCCCAGGGGCGAUACAAACACAGGCGGUCGCACCAGUCCAGAUGGGGCGCCGGACUCCUCGACGACGCAUGCCGGUGCUGUGGCUAGAGGGAAAGCGAGACCAGCGACCGUGAGCUCGUUGACAGCCGAGCCAUGGGCGGGGGCAAGACCCAAGGAUCUCAGGGACGGAGCGAGCCUACCGGAGGAGUUUGAGUCUGAGGGUUAUGGUGAAGGUGCCGUGUCAAGCCCGCGGCCCAAUGAGGUGGAGGUGGAGUCUCUGGUGUCCAGCGUCAAAGAUCUUUUCCCUCAUCUAGGAGAGGGCUUUAUAGAGCUUGCUCUAGAAGAACUGGACUGGAGACUGGAGCGUGUUGUGUCCAGCGUGUUGGAGGAAAAACUGCCGUCGUCGCUACUGGACAUCAGUCCCGAUCUGCCCAGACAAGAGCGAGAGGUGAAUCAAGGAGACGGGCAGACGGAUUCGGCAGACAUCUUGGAUUCACGCAAGAAUGUUUUUGACAACGACGAAUUUGAUGUGUUCAGGAACAAGAAAGUAGAUAUGUCCAAAAUUCACAUCGGAAAAAAACAAGACGUGGUGGACAUAGAGGACAAGAGCACCAUCCUUGCGGUGAAAGCGACCUACGACGCGUACGGCAGCAUGGACCAGGAGAGCAUGUACGACCGACAGCCCAUGUACGACGACGAGUACGACGACACGUACGACUCCCACGCUGUCGGGGCCGACGAUGCUGACUCUGCAGACGAGCUCAACUCCAACAGGGUCUUGCCUCGGGUUUUACAAGACUUGGAACGUCAAAAGACGAAGGGUGAAGGUCGGAGCAAGGCCAGGGAUGAUGAUGGAGAUGAUGAGGAGGAGGGGAGUCAGGGAGCCAGGGAUGAGUUUGUGGCCGACCCGGCCAAACUGCGAGAGCAGGCGGAGCAAAGGAGGCAGUCGCAGGCGGCUCGCGGUCGACGAGGGAGGGGAGGAGGAGGGGGA